AAGAUGAUGAAAUUCACAAAAUCAGACGAAGUCGAACAGUGAAGUCCAUAAAAUAAAGCAGACGACUGUUUUGUGUCGUAUCUAUUCAGAUCAUGGAUUUGGCAAAAGGCUUUGCAACUAGUGGCGUGAAGAUAGCAUCUGAAUUAUGGAAACCACAACGCACCCUUCAUGUUUCAAAUAUACCACCAUGUUUCCGAGAACCGGGUAUCCUUAAAGGAUAUCGAUUAACCAAUCAAAACUGGUUUUACUAUGCAAAGAGCAUUUUUUAUAUCCACAACGAAACGUUCAAUAUAUGGACACACUUGAUUGCUUUUUUUAUUUUGUGGUCAACUCUUGCAAGAUAUGCAUUAAUUUAUGACUUUUGGACAGAUGACCGAUCUUGGCCAAUACUUGUAUUUGGUAUAUGCUGCCUUGUAUCAACUGCUCUUAGUACUUUAGCUCACAUAUGGCAUUCCAAAUCGCGAAAUAUUCACUAUACCGUGUUUUUAUUUGACUACGUCGGAGCAUCAUUGUACGGAUUUGGAUCCGGAAUACUUGCCUUGUAUACGUUCUCCGACGACAAAACAUACAAAACUGUUGAAGUACCUACAUUUAUUCUGAUUUGGUUUUAUGCCUGGUUUGAUUGUCUCACCAUGUGCGGUACCAAAGUGUUUUUGGACGAAAACUCAAUGAAAAGAAAAUGUUCCAUCGUAGGGGUGUUUAUUUUGUAUGGAUUUGUGGUAACUAUUCCCGUAGGACAUCGCUACUGGACAUGUUAUAAAGAUAUCAACUGUAGUCUUACAUCACUCAACCACAUUUCUGUACUUUACCUUAUGUUUGUUCUACAGGGAUUCACCUUCGGAAGUCAUUUACCUGAACUACUUUUCCCUGGUGUUUUCGAUAUUCUCGGGCAAAGUCAUCAGUGGUUUCACAUAGUUUCUACUGCGACACAGAUGCUCCAAAUACACACUGCUCAUUUUGAAAUAUCACAUCGACAAUCAAAUCACGGAAACCCAGACCUAAAUUUUCUGAUACUUGCAACACUUUUAUUAGCCAUAUUUCAGACUCUAUCAUUAUUGAUUAUCCGAAGGUUCGUUCCAAAUAAAGAUAAACGAGAGUAAUAUGAUCAUAUACGUGGGAACGUUCAUCCGCUCCGUUUUUUAUGAUAGACAUUAGUGUUUUCGCAAUUUCAAAUCACAAUUCCACAUUUUCGUGCACUUCUAGAAAUACUACUCAACUUUUCAUUCUAAAAAUAAUUUUGUUUUAAUUUUUUUUAUAAUGUUCUUAAGUAUUCGUUCAUAUCAACCGUAUUAUAAAUUUAGGCGAUGAAUGACAUGAAAGAAAAUUAGUAUUUACACACAUUUGUAAUAAAGUUUGUUUUAUAUAACAAUUGAGAUCCAGAUAAAUAAAACGUUUUCUCAAUCUGAUUAAAAUACAGAUUCUGUGUCUAAAGCUGUCAUGUUUUAAUCAGAUUGACAUUUUCUCUAAUUCUUAGUCGAUUUAUCUUUUUCCUGACUGUUGAUCAUUUUUAAUUAAUCAACGUGUGGUUCGUUUGAUCUCAGUUCUUCGUUGGUCAAAACUCAAUAACAACGUCAAAUUGUUUUGUUUAAACUUCUUCUGAAUUUCCUUUUGUGACAUAGAAUAAACACCUCUUUUUGCAGAUCAUUGGAAAAAGAAGGUUAGUUUCGUCGAUGAUUACCUAAUAAUCAUUAGAGAAACAUUUAUUUAUCAUUUAUAUAUAAAUUCUACCACCAAAAUUCGUGCAAUACGAUAAGUGUCCACUCUCGACAGUUAAAUUUCAAAUAUUUAAAAGGCGCGGCGAGCCUCACGUUUUAAAUUUAAAAAUAUAACUGUCUCAUAGCUUGAUAAUAACUCAACUUAUACUACAGUUCACCAAACGUAGCAAAUAUUUUGACAAUCGAAUAAUGCUGCAUUAGGUUAAUGUGUUUUUUCAACAGAUAUUCGCCAUGGAAACCAACUAUGUUCCUCUUCUAGCCGACUUGUUUCUAUAUUCGUAUGAGGCAUACUUAUACAAGAAUGUUCAGGAAAAUGGCAUGAAAGAAAUGUUAAUCUUUAGACGCAUAUUCUGCUAUAUAGUCCUAUCACUGAAUAAAACAUGUUUGGUGACUAUGUUGAUCGUAUCUAUCCCAAUGAGUUUGAAUUAAGUAUAUCAUAGAUACAAUGAGUUCUGUUUCAUAUCUAUACUUUAGUUUCAACUAGGAAUUGACAAGGAAGGCGGUCGAGAACUAAACUUUGCGGCAAACGAGAGGAAUUCAAUUUUUUCCAUUGUAAACUUUCCAUUUCAGCAUAGCAGUUUCCCAGCAGUCUAUUUAUAAUGAGUAUAAUUAUAAUACGGUCAUAGUAAUAAAAGGUCGUGAGUGGCAGACACAAACACAAUCUUUUUUUACACCUUAAAAAUCAGCCAUGCACAGUACUCUUUGAUAUAACAUUUACAUGGUUUUGUUAACACGGGUACAUGUACAGGUAGUAUCCACAAUAGCUUUAUUUCAUGAUACAGAAGGUCGCAUCUAAUACAUUGUGUUGUUUUUGUAUGGGUUAUUACGAAGAGUAACACUCUUACACAUAUACUACUAAUUAUCUUCGUGUUCAUAAAAUUAUA